AGCUGUGUGACGGGAGCGCGCUCGGUGGCGGGUUGCGCGCACGGCUCCCCUCACUUCAGCGCUGAGCAUCGCAGUGAAGUGAAGCCGCGUCCUGACCACGUUAAAGACAGAAAGGGGCUGAUAUAAAAAAAAGGGCUAUAUUAGGUCAUAUUGAUGCCACGGGGGUAUAUUUUGGGGACGGGGAGGGUGUUAUGGAGUUACUUUAAGGCGUUUCGUCGUUUAUUUUUUUUAAUUUAGGAUGGAGAGUUUGUGGACAGGCGAGGAAUCCGAGGUCUGGAACUGAGAAGAAAGAGGCAUUGCCGAAAAAAAACUGUUUAAAAGUUGAAAUUGUUUUAAAGUUGAAAUUCAUGGAGACGUAAACAAAAAAAAAACAACAAAAACUGUUUUUUGAAAGCCUGGGCAACGAAAAUGAGAGUUCCCAGAAUGCUGUGUUGUUGUUUUUUGUUUCAAACAUUUUUUUGGAGGGAUAUGAUUAAGUAAUCUGUCUGUUUUUGGAACGGAUAUUUAAAAAAAUAACUUUUUUUUUUAAUUAUAUGCGAGGCAUUUCGAAAGAGUCGGCGCAACUGGAGUGGAUUUGCUCGGGACCUUUAUUGUAAAUUGACAAUUUGAGUCUGCUGUGCUGGUUGCUGUAGAGGACUGGGGUUGGAAGAGAAACGGAAUGAGGAUAAAUACGAAAUAUACGGCUUUUUGUUUCAGGGUUUACAAAAUUUAAAGAAAACAACGGAUCUUAUAAACGAAAACGGGACCGAAGAGGCAGAUUUCUGGAGUGCAGAUUGCAAGACAGUUGCUGGAGUGUGAGUUCGUGAGGGUGUGUCUCAUUCUCCCACCCGGUAAUCUCGCACCACCAUGAGCUGGGGCUUCCUGACACGGCUGCUUGAGGAGAUCCACAACCACUCCACCUUCGUGGGGAAGCUGUGGCUGACCGUGCUCAUCGUGUUCCGCAUCGUGCUGACGGUUGUGGGCGGCGAGUCCAUCUACUACGACGAGCAGAGCAAGUUCGUGUGCAACACGGCCCAGCCGGGCUGCGAGAACGUCUGCUACGAUGCCUUCGCCCCGCUCUCCCACGUGCGCUUCUGGGUCUUCCAGAUCAUCCUGGUGGCCACCCCCUCCGUCAUGUACCUGGGCUACGCCGUGCACAAGAUCGCCCGCAGCGAGGAGGGGCGCGGCUGCGACGGGAAGCAGAAACGCAAGCUGUUCGGGUCGGGCAGGAAGCAGCACCGCGGCAUCGAGGAGACCGAAGAGGACAACGAGGAGGAGGACCCCAUGAUCUACGAGGAGCCCGAGCUGGAGAGCCGCAGCGAGGGGAACAGCGCGGGCGCCGCGGCGCCGGCCAGGACCGCGCCGGGGAAGGCAGGGCGGCACGACGGGCGCCGGCGCAUCAAAGAGGACGGGCUGAUGAAGAUCUACGUGGUGCAGCUGCUGGCACGCACCUCCCUGGAAGUGGGCUUCCUCGGGGGGCAGUACGCCCUGUAUGGCUUCGAGGUGUCCCCCGCCUAUGUGUGCGAGCGCAGCCCCUGCCCCUACAAGGUGGACUGCUUCAUCUCACGCCCCACCGAGAAGACCAUCUUCCUGCUCAUCAUGUACGCAGUCACCGUGCUCUGCCUGGUCCUCAACCUGUGGGAGAUGCUGCACCUGGGCUUGGGCACCAUUCACGAUGUCCUGCGCAGCAAACGCCAGCCCCCCGAGGAGGGGUACCAUCUCCCCCAGCCCCCCGGGGCCCCCGCCAGCGCCCCCUACUCCUACCCCUUCACCUGGAACGCCCCCUCCGCGCCUCCCGGCUACAACAUCGUGGUGAAGCCGGAGCAGAUCCCCUACACCGACCUCAGCAACGCCAAGAUGGCCUGCAAGCAGAACAAAGCCAACAUCAUGCAGGAGGAGCAGCAGCAGUACGGCAGCAACGAGGACAACCUCCCCUGCGCCGGCCCGGCCGCGGAGCAAAGAGAGAUCCGCGCUGCUCAGCACAGACUGGAGGCUGCCAUCCAGACCUACAACCAGAACCACCACAGCCCACACCACCAGCACCAGAACAUCUCCAGCACAGCCAAGGACAAGAAGCAGCAGCACAAGCCUGGCUCCAGCAGGAGGGGAGCCAGCAGCAGCAGCUGCAGCAGCAGCAAGUCCCUGGAGGGGAAGUCCUCUGUUUGGAUUUAGAGACCGUGAGCGAGCAGACUCUUUCAUUUUUUUUUUUUUUUUUUGCAGAAGGAUCUCUCCAUUUUUGGGAAAGGGAUUGGGUAAAGAAAAUUGGGGAGGGGAGAGGGGGAGGAGAAUAAAAAGGAACUCUGGUUAGCGUUGCAAUGAUGAGAAACUAGCUCCAGUAGUUAUUGGAUUCUAACAUGUGUAAAUGCUGUUUUGAAUCUCUUUGGAGUCCUGCCCAGGGAUGGCCGUGGUCUCUACCUCUCGACGGGGGCCGUGUUUCAGGGAGCAGGACAGCGGAGCUACAGGUUUGGAGACCUAGACCCUGUUUGCAUUGCAAAGACUCAACACAGAGUCACUGCACCUGGAUCUUUAUAUAGACUCAACACAGGGUCACUGCACCUGGAUCUUUAUAUAGACUCAACACAGGGUCACUGCACCUGGAUCUUUAUAUAGACUCAACACAGUGUCACUGCACCUGGAUCUUUAUAUAGACUCAACACAGGGUCACUGCACCUGGAUCUUUAUAAAGACUCAACACAGGGUCACUGCACCUGGAUCUUUAUAUAGACUCAACACAGGGUCACUGCACCUGGAUCUUUAUAAAGACUCAACACAGGGUCACUGCACCUGGAUCUUUAUAUAGACUCAACACAGUGUCACUGCACCUGGAUCUUUAUAUAGACUCAACACAGGGUCACUGCACCUGGAUCUUUAUAAAGACUCAACACAGGGUCACUGCACCUGGAUCUUUAUAUAGACUCAACACAGGGUCACUGCACCUGGAUCUUUAUAUAGACUCAACACAGGGUCACUGCACCUGGACCGUUAUAGUUGGUUUAUUUGUUAAAUCAGCCCUAUGACUUAUGAGUUAGCAAGUUUUUUGUUUUUUUUUUCUUUGAGGAUAUUGAAGGAAAAGAGAACUUUGCUGAUAUUAUUAUUGUUCUAUAUUUGUACAUACUGUAUAUGUACACGCAGUACCUUACUUUGAUCAUUUCCAUUAGUUUAAAAAAAACAAAAACAUUCUUCUUGGUAUUUUCCGGGUAUUUCCAAGGUUUUUUGGUGCAGGGGUUUGGGGAAAUAAAAGGCUCUGAAUGCUGUUUCCCACAAAGUGCCUUACCUGCAGACACAAUCAAAGAGAAUAGAUAGAAAAUGCUACUCAUCAAUGUCAACGCUGUCAUUGACCUUCUACAGGGAUGGCAAUAAAACUCCCAUUGCACAGCGGUUUGAUCCGUUCCUGCUUUUACUGUGAGUUUAAUAAGACACACCUUGUUACCUAAGCUAAUCAUCCUUGUUGAAAAUCCUGGAGUGGGUGAACCUGCUAUGCAAUAGGAGUCUUAUUCCCAUCCCAGCUGAAUAUUGAGAGGUCUGUUCACUGUGUUGAAACGUCAGCAGUAACCAGCCGGCACAUACCGGCUAUGCUGUCCUCGUUGGAAUUUACUUUUUUCGGAGGUCUCCUUGGCUGUCUUAUUGCAAGAGGGGGGGAGCUUCAAAACACCCAUUUAAGCCUUGUUAAAGAGACUUCUUAGUCAUGGAAGUCUCGUAUCUUUAACCAAACUGCUCAUACACUCAUGCACGGGUAUUCAAUAACCUUUAUUAAAAUAACUCAGCUGACCUGUGAAUUCAGGCAGCCUACUUUCUCAGGCUGAGGUCUCAUAAGGAGCAGCUAAUAGAAAGUGUAGUGUGGCUGUGAUGCAGUCCUCAGGGUAUAGAAAAUGUAUGCAGGGUGAGUCAGAACCCCUGACAAGCUUUUCAGAACAAAAACCGAGGGACAGCGGGGCUGCGUCACUGGGAUUUGAGACGUGGGAGACGCUGUACUCUCGUGUGUGUUUGGUUUUUAUUUUUCUAUGUUCGUAUUUAGUGGCAUGUUAAAUAUCACGGCACUCUGAAGAAUUAUAUAGCUUCAGUUCUUGCUUUGCAGAGACAUCUGCUGGUCCAAAGUGGUAGUGCAGUUUUAUUUGCUUCAGUUUUUGAUUGCCACUGUGGCCAGCAAGGCUCUGAAAUGUUCUGCAGCCCGGUUAUUAUUUAUAUAUAUAUAUGAGUUGUUAUUGAGCAAAUCAAUGCACUUGGCACAUAGCCGAAUUACCCUUGUUAUGUCAGUGUUAUCUGAAUAGUGAGUGUUUCCUGAAUAGAAUAAAAUCACACUGUUGCAUGACUUUCUGACCCUCCUGUCUUUCCAAAGCCAGUCUGUACAACAGAACUGCCCUGCCCUUGUCCAAUAGACCAAUAGAAAUGCUUGGAACUGUCAGUCUGAGUCCCGUUAAGCCUGGUGGUUACUGAGAUAGCACAGUGACUGCCCUGUGCAGAACUACGCUGUCCUCGGCUCAGAAGCGUGAGAACCGAGGAGCGAUGCGACGGUACACUGAGGUUCCAGGAACAUCUGUCUUGCGGGAUGCAGGGUGGCUUUGUAUGAUGUGUUUGAAAGUUGAAAGAUAUAUUUUCUUCUUUUCUGUGUUGCAGAAUUGGGUAUGCUUAUUGGUAUUAUUUUUAUGGAAUAUAUAAAAAAAAAAGAAUUUAAAAAGCUUUGUGUGGACCUUCUUACUCUUGGUUCUGGUCAGAUGAAGUUUAACCUCUUCCCUUCUUCAAAGAGGGCAGCGGUUUUCAGAUUCGAGUCGAUAGCACAAGGUAUAGCUAUGUGGCGAUCGCAUUGACCCCUGUUUACUGCUGUGAAGCUGCAGCACCCCACAAUCCACGCUAUAGAUGGGUAGGCGUGUGUGUGUGUGUGUGUGUGUGUGUAUAUAUAUAUAUGUAUAUAUAUAUACAAUCCACGCUAUACCAAAGUGCUUAAAGCUCCCAUAGUGAUUCUUGUGCAAUUUAGAGCAUAGAACAGCAAAGGAGUGUCGAGCAGUCCACCUCACGGGGAUUCAGAACCCUGCUCAAUCCCAGCUCCUCGUUGGUUCCCUCAGCUCCACAGUUGAUGCUGAUUGGUCAUGGCUCAGAGGGGGUGGGCGCUGUCUGCUUGUGCCCGCGUCCUCAGCUUUGAUGAUUUGAGAUGCCUAGAAGGAGCAAUGCAAAGCCUGCCCCUCGAGAUGCAUUACAGAUCCGAGCAGCUCCAGGCAGAUCCGAGCAGCUCCAAACAGCUCCAGACAGAUCCAAACAGCACCAGGCAGAUCCGAGCAGCUCCAAAGAGCUCCAGGCAGAUCCGAGCGACUCCAAACAGCCCUUAACAGGUUCAGUGUAGUCAUGCAGGACCUGCUUGGAUUAAAGACCUGGCCCGCAAUGCAUCGAGGAGCAGAGCUGCCAGAGUAUGAGACAGCCCUUCAGAAACAAGGGCCGCGCCAUGGCUUACGAUUGGCCAGAAAUAUAAAGGGGUGCUUGUUAGAGAGCUGGGCUUGAACUGGGUUCUGAAUCCAAGACCCUGGCAGGCUUGCGCUGGGAUGAAGGCUCUCGGCAUUCCCACACAAGCUGCUCUUUCCAAAGGGAUCCGACGCACACCUCUCCUCCCUGAGCCUGUUCUGUAAGCUUUCAGAAACCAUCUACCCUCGUGGGGGGGGGGGGGCAUGUUUUUUUAUUGCACUGCAUUAUAUUUUCUAUUUUAAUUUCAUGCACCAGGAAUAAAUCGGACCGACUCCUCCUGACUAAUAUUUAUAUUAUUAUUUUUAACCUCCUGUGUAGCUGUCUUCCACAGCAGUGACAAAUAGGAUUUAUUUUUCUAUCAAUCAAAACCGGAGCUAAUGUUUUCCAGCUCUGGUGUUUUUUUUAUUGUAUUUUUACCAAUUUUUUUUUGCCUUAUCGAAGACUUAAAACUCCUUUAGCAGAUAAUGAUCCAUAAUCAAUGUGUUUGACCAUCUACAGGUAGUGGACAAAAAAAUGGAAACCCCAAUGUAAAGUCACUUAAUAGGGCGUUGGGCCACUAUGGUAUCCCGCUCUGUGGAGUUCUCGGCGGACCGUUUUUGAUGAAACUGGCUGCUUGCGCCCCAGGUUGAAAUGUGCAGUCAAUUGAUCUGCAGUUGCUCGUCUGUUUUGCCUUGCACUUGGAAUUAAUGCACGGAUAUCACGAUCCUGGAGUAUGCGCUUCCGCCCGCUGUUGCCCUUUGCUGAUGAUGUCUCUCCCUCGGAGUUCCAUGCCGACAUCACCUUAGACACCGUUGCUCGUGAAACAUCAGCAAGUUGAGCUGUCUUGGUCACUGAAGCUCCUGCCAGAAUUCUAGGCAACCAGGCCUGUCCAGCAUUUUUAUACAUGACCCUAAGCAUGCUGGGAUGUUAUUUGCUUAAUUAACGCAUGAGCCACACCUGUUUGGAAGCCCUUGCUUUCAAUAUACUUGAUGUUCCUCAUUUACCCAGGUCUUAAUAUUUUUUUGUCCACUACCUGUACACAAUCGUGGAUGACCGAAGAUCUGCUGAAACGGUUCAUUGUAAAUUGGUUGCAUGAGUCCUUUAUGACAGUAAAAGCACAGCAAAGUGUAAUGCUAGGAGUGGAAUGGGACAGCAUAUUCAAAAGACAAAGCUAACCAUGGUAAUACGAAAUCACCUUGCUAAUGGACAGCGGGGCACCGCUACAAGCGCAUGUAUUGAAUACGCAUGCAGUUCAAGCUGUCGGGUUGGCUACUAAAAUAUACCUCGUGUUUAUUGAACUAAAUGCACAAAGCCAUGUUUUUCAAUCAAGAUGUGCUGCAGAGAUCAAUCUUAAACUUGUCCAGUAUCUAAUUCCACCUGUGCUCAAACUGCCAUUACCUUGUGGGUUUUUUUUUAAAAAAAAAUUCUGAUUAUUAUUGCAAAUGAAGCUGCAGAUGGGAAGCAUCCCAGCUCGAACACUUCCAUUUUCCAUGAGGGAAAAAUAAUAAUAAUAAAAUACUAUUUUUUUUUUUUCUUUUGUAUGAAGUUAAGAAUAAAACCUAUUGCAUGUUCAGAACUUUUUUUUGGAUAAAAUUGUAAAUAAAGAAUAUCA